AUGCUUACUCGGGGAUUACGAAAAGUCGUGCGACCGCUUGUGACUUCUGUUCCUCGAAGUGACAAGUUCCAUCCCUCGACUCAAUCUGAAUUUAUCAAUGAGCUUCACAUGAUCGACCCAAUGGAAAUCGAGAGGCUUCCAGUCUACCGAGUGAUGGACCGAUCGGGCAAGAUUCUUCGGGAGAACCAGGAUCCGAAGUUCACCAAGGACCAAGCCAUCAAAAUGUACAAGGCAAUGAUCAAGACCAACGAAUUCGAUCGGGUGAUGUACGACGCUCAGCGACAGGGCCGAGUCAGCUUCUACAUGACAAAUUAUGGUGAGGAAGCCGCGCAAAUCGGUUCCAUUGCCGCUCUUAACCCCGAUGACCUUGUGUAUGCUCAAUAUAGAGAAGCUGGUGUUAUCUUUUAUCGCGGCUUUACUUAUCAACAAGCCUGUGAUCAAUGCUACGGAAAUGUUGACGACAAAGGAUCGGGCCGACAAAUGCCUGUCCACUACGGCUCUCGAGAGUUAGACUAUGUUACAAUUUCGUCACCUCUGACAACUCAGCUUCCUCAAGCCGCUGGUUCUGCUUUCGCUCUCCGACGAGCUGGCGAAAAGCGCGUUGUUAUGUGCUACUUUGGUGAGGGCUCUGCGUCGGAAGGAGAUGCUCACGCCGCGUUUAACUUCGCCGCUACGCUCAACUGUCCUGUUAUAUUCUUCUGCCGAAACAACGGAUUCGCCAUCUCUACCCCUGUUGAAGAUCAGUACACCGGAGAUGGAAUCGCUUCUCGAGCACCAGGCUACGGAAUGAUGACUAUCCGAGUCGAUGGAAACGACUUGAUGGCUGUCUUCAACGCCACCGUGAAAGCCCGAGAAAUCGCACUGUCCGAGAAUCGACCUAUUCUAAUUGAAGCCAUCACUUAUCGACAAGGACAUCACUCGACUUCUGACGAUUCUUCACGAUACCGAUCAAUUGAUGAAGUCAACAUGUGGCAAAAGACAGACCACCCUAUUUCCCGAUUCCGACAGUACAUGAUGGCCCAAGGAUGGUGGUCAAUGGAAGAAGACGCUGCUCUUCAAAAAUCCUUGAAGAAAGACGUUUUGACAGCGCUCGUCACUGCCGAAAAGAAGAAGAAGCCAUCUAUUGACUCGAUGUUUGAGGACGUUUACGAUGUACCGACCCCUGAACUCGAGAGACAGAAGGCUGAACUGAUGGAACAUCUCAAGCAGUACGGCAAACAUUACAACCUCGACCAGUACUCUCAAUAA